AUGUCUUCCUCAGGUCUGAACAGACCCUCCCCUCCCCCACUCCCCCGUGAACUCCAGCGCGAAUUCGAACAACUCCAACGCCAAGCUCAGGCACCGUUAUCUUCACAACAGUCUGAAGAGGGACUUGCUCUCCACCCCGAUGCAAGAACGCCUCUCACCCCCGAGUUCGAGGGUCCAGUCAACCCCAAAACAGGCGAGGAGGGUGGCCCAAAGAGAGAGCCAGUCGCAAAGUGGGCUGAGGGUGGGGGAGACUGGAGCUUCAAGGGUCGAGUUACCGACUUUUGA